AUGGGAGAGGCCUCCAACCCGGCCUUGUCUGCCGACUCGACCGAGCCCGUCGGCAGCUGUGAGCUGUACAGCGAUGCCGCCACCAAGAAGCGCGUGCUGCGCAAAAUCGACCUCGUCAUCCUGCCGCUGCUGUGCUUUGUGUUUUUCUUCCAAUAUCUCGACAAACAGAGUCUUGCCUUUGCCGCCGUCGAGGGCCUCGAGACUGACCUCCACCUGGUCGGCACCGAGUACUCGUGGACGUCUGCCAUGUUCUACGUCGGCCAGCUGGUCUCCGAGUUCCCCUUCAUCUAUCUCAUGUCGCGCCUGCGUCUGUCCAAGUUUGUCGGCGUCACCAUUGUCAUCUGGGGCGGAAUCUGCAUGUGCCUCGCGGCCCCCAAGACGUACGGCCAGUUCCUGGCCGUCCGCUUCCUGCUGGGCGUCAGCGAGGGCGCCGUCAGCCCGGCCUUCAUCACCAUCACCAGCAUCUGGUACAAGAAGUCGGAGCAUCCACUACGCAUCGGAUGCUGGAUUACCUGCAACGGCCUGGCCUCCCUGCUGGGCAGCCUGUUGAUGUACGGGAUCGGGCAGAGCCACAGCCUGACCAUGGCCCCCUGGCGCGUCAUGUUUAUUAUCUGUGGCGCCAUGACCUCCUUCAUCGGCCUGGUCUUCUUCUUCGCCAUGCCGGACAACCCGGAGACCGCCUGGUUCCUGACCCCCGAGGAGCGCAUCGCCGCCGCCCAGCGGCUGGCCGAGGAGCACGACGGCGGCGACAAGACCAACUUCUCCCUUGAGCAGCUGAAGGAGUCUCUCGGCGACUUCAACUCCUAUGCCGCCUUUCUCUUCGGCAUCUUGGUCACUGCUCCAGCGCCUGUCUUGACGUUUGCUACACUCAUGAUUGAAAGGCUCGGGUACAGCUCCGCGCAGACGCUCAUCUACAACUGCCCCUCCGGCGCGGUGCAGAUCGUGGCCAUCUGGGCGGGCGUGCUGGGCUGCCGUUUCUUCCCACAGAGGCGCUGUCUGGUCGUCAUCGGGCUGAUCCUGAUCCCCAUCGUCGGAUGUAUCCUGCUUGUCGCUCUCCCCUUCCACGGCUGGGGCAUUAUCGUCGGCGCGUGGCUGGGCGGCACCGGGUCCUCCAUCUUCACGAUCACGAUGAGCCUGAACGCUUCAAACGUCAAGGGCAACACAAAGAAGUCGAUCGUCAACACGCUGUACUUCAUCGGCUACUGCACGGGCGGCAUCGCCUUCCCGCAGCUCUGGAGCUCCAAGGACGCCCCGCGCUACACCAACGGGCUGAUCUGCUCGCUGGUCGCAUGGGGGCUGUUCAUCGUCCUGAUGCUGACCUACUGGUCCAUCGCCUCCAUGCGCAACAAGGAACGCACCCGCCUCGCCGUCGAGGGCUACGUCAGCCCCUACGAGGCCGGCGCCGACGUCACCGACUUCAACGACAAGUCGUUCAUGUACACUACCUAG